AUGCAGUCCUCCUCUCAGCCCUCGAAACCUCGCCGCUUUGACGCCACCAAACGGACUGUCCCAAAGCCGCGCACGUCUGCCCUUCCCAAGGAGGAUAAAAACAUGAACACGAUCCCCAACCCUGCAGCGCGCCGGGUCACCAAAGCACCAGUGGCUUCACCCAGGACGAGACUGGGAGCACAGCCACGACCUCCUCUCUACCAACCAAAAUCAAUUGCGCAAAAACCAGCGGCUGCUAACUUCAAAGCUGCUAAACCAAAGGCAAAAACUACACGUACGUCUGCAGCAAACCAGCUCUCUGCUUCACCUGCCCCGCCAUCGCUUCUUCCUCUUGACCCAAAUUGCAAUGAGCCUAGUUUGCCGUGCCUCUGCUGUGAUGGCCGCUCCCCUCAGGACAGCAACAGCAUGUUCAACCACAACCACAAUAACAACAACACAAUCUCUCUACGACAGCAGAUGCAACUCCCAGCACCACCCGGCCCUUUAUUUCAAAAGCAAGAAGAGAUGAGAGUAAAGGAAGAGCAGCCUAAACCAGCUUUGGACGAGCCACAGAAAGACAACGCCGCUUCUAUGGCUGCUAGUUUGGAGAACGAUAACAAAAGUGAUCACAAACUGGACAUUUCGAACAACGGUGUUAAAGUAGAUGAGGAUGACGAUGAUGACGAUAGCAGUGGGGACAUUGACAUUGACGAGGAAGAGGAGCCAGAUCACUACGGUGAUGACGAAGAUGACGACGACGAUGACACGCUGGUUCCGUCUUGCUGCGACUGUCCCCCUUCACUUCUCGACUUCUCGCUUUCGUCUUCCACAUCCUCGUCAUCCACUUCCAUCAGCUCUUGCUCUGAUCUUGAUUCAGACAGCGCUGAUCAAACCUACUCCAUGAGCUCAUCCAAUGACCAGGAGAACUUGUCCUUCAUGUUGUCUCCAAAAGUCUGCUGCCCUGAAUCCAAACCACCAGCGCGUUCGCUUCCGUCGCUCCCCCGUUCUCGGAACCCCUUCUACUUGUCAUCUCCCGCCUCCCCCGAUGAAGGUUACCCCUCUGCCCUUGACUCUCCUGACUAUUUAGGAAUAAAAGAGGAUUGCGAGAUGAGCAAACUUAGCUUACUGGACUUCCUAGAGUCUGUGGGCGAGUUUGGGAAAAUGGAACGAUUCAGUCAGGUCAUCCAAGUAGCACGCUGGGAUCUGGAAGGAGAACAACACUGGGAUGUGCUUAGAGAUCGCAUUGAUCACUUAGAUCGCUUGGAGAAGGUAAACAGGGAGGUGAAACUAGCAUACAUCGCCAAAUUGCAUGAGAAAGGGUAUGAUUUGAGUGACUUGGUGGAGCAGGAUUUGUCAGAUAUUAUGGAUGAAAUGGGAAAUAUAGAUAUUCCUUGGAAGUUGUAUAAAAAUCCCAAAGGAAAAAUGCAAGACUCGCAGGAAUUUUCUGACGCUGGGGUGGACCUCACUGCUCCAUCGGACUGUGAAGACCCCCUGGCGCCGGAUUCUCUUACUCCUUCCCCAAUUGAAGCCCCGCCCAAGCCGCCAGCCCGCCAUGCCAGUGUGACGUCUGACCUCCACACCUACAUAAAUAUAAGCAGGGAGCCCAGCACCUCUGUCGCUACUUCUCCUACCCCACUGUCAACUUUCUCUCUCCACACCACAUCGCCAACUUUUACAACCUUCCGAUGUGAGAAAUCCUCUCCAGUCACACCUCCAUCCAUUCCGCCAUUACCUGCCUCCAAGCAACUCCCAUACCUCACCCUGUAUACGGCCCCCUCUCCAACCAUCCCCACCCCGACUCCCCCUAUCCCGCCUCCCCGCACCCGUCACCUGGCCCGCAAAGAAGCUCAGAGACGCGCUGCUCUUCUGGCGGAACAAGAAAAGUCCCCGGAUUCUCUGCCACCGCCAACCACGCGCCCUCCGCCCCUACCUCCACCUCCUGUAAUUUCUGUAACGUCUACGUCUCCCCCUGCUAUACCGCCCCCUCCAGCUCUACCUCCUCCCCCCUCCUUCCAUGCGCUCGAUGUAGAAAUCCGAAAGUUACUGAUGCUUGCUGGGUUGACCCAAGCAGAGCUCCUCAAAAUUAGUCCGGAGCUUGGUAAUUGCGUCGGAGGCUAUGAGGAUGAAGACGAUGUGGACAAUGUUAUGUCUAGUUGUGACUUCACAGUGGAAGAUCUAGAAGAAGACACACAAUCUGGCAAUGGGUUAGUGGAUAGUUUAUGUUACAGAGGUGUAUUAGAAGGAAAAGAUAAUAAUGAGGAGAGGAAAGAUGUCCAAAAAACAACAUCCUUUGGUGAAAUGGCGAGAAGGCGCAAAAAGAACACCGCUUACACGUCUGCGCCUUAUUACAGCACUGGCCCGAGCAAUUCAAAAGACAACUAUGAGAUGUUACAUUACGAUUCCCAGAGACCAAGUUCACCACCUCCUCCUCCCCCGCCACGACCCUUACCUCCCAUACCCUCAUGCGCUAAUCCAAAAAGCAGCACCCUUCAAGCUAACUCUGCGCAGCCCGAGCGUUUCGACUGGCUGAUCGCAUUUACGCCCGAUUCAGAUGAGAUGAGAAAGCGAGCAUUGGUAACGUCAAAGAAAUGCGCUUCGUCUUCAGUCAAGUCUUCGUCAACAGGGUCUGGCCCAAAAACCACAACUUUUAAGGAGCUUCGGAAUCGUAAAUCCAGCUCACCGCCAAUUAAGUUCAUCAACGCGGCUGAACCGGACCCCAAUAUUAUCACGCCGGACCCGGACUUGCUUUACAACCUGAAGUGGAGGAGAGACAAGGCGGGAGAUGGCACCCAGUGGGAGUACACGUCCCAAGCGCAGGCCUUGUUCAUGCAGCCCCCACCCGCCCUUACUUCUAUGGCCGCCCUUCAAGAAAUGCUUCAAAGAGCCGAAGAGGAGAACGCAAAGAAGUCCAUAUCCAAAUUGUGUUCGCCUCAGAAUACGCUGGGGUGCUCAGUCAGUGACAGCAGCUUGUGGAACCUAGGCAUUAAGUGGGAGCAUGAAGACGGCAAGAUGGAAGGAAAGAAUGAAGAAAGUGAGGUGGAGGUGAGAGGCCAAGCCGACGGGGAAAGAACAGCUGAAUUCAGAACGGCAGCCUCUUCACCCAAUCCGCCCUUGGCCUGCUCUUCCCUUCCCUAUUUCCUUCACUCUGCUGACCAACCUCUCUAUCCAAACUCCGGUAACCCCUUUUUAGACGCCAGACCUCCCAAUGCGGUCGGAGAAAAUGCGCGCAGGAGCCGCUAUGAUGGCAGCCCGUUCGUUUACACAGGCGAUUUUGCUACCGACGCUUCUGACGUUUCUGAAUCCCUGGAAGACUUUGGCGUAGAUUCAAUUUGCGAUUACAGGGAUUACGAGCAGGAGAAUACUCAGUUUGCAUACAAACACGAACGCGAUCCAAAAUCCCUGUGUAAUUCUGAUUAUAAUUCACUCAAGCAGAGCACACCCACAGCACACAAUUGCCCAACCCCGUAUAAGAAUUUUGACGUCAUCAUGAGAUACAACACCUCGAGCCAAAAACAUCAGCUUUCGAACAGAGAUAAGGCUUCUAAAGAGCUUCCUCCACUUCCUGCCUUCUACCUGUAUCACCCCAAAAACUGCCCCAUGCACCGCGGCGCCCCUCCUCGCCUGUCACCCAUAGGCGCACUGUCCCCACCUCAGCGCUCUGGCCUCCCCCCUCCGGGAGCACCGCAGUCAGGCCUUAACUCCCCGCUCUUCCCCCGAUCCCACACCCUCCCUGCCCUGGCUGCCCCCCUGUACUACCCCAAUCUGUACCCUCCCGUCCCGCCCAGGGCACCCCCUCUGCCCCCCAAACUCUACCAGGAGCCGUCCCAUGUGGCGACUGUGCGCAGUGUGUCCUUCGCCGGCUCCGUGCACAGAGCAGAGCCGUGGAUGGCCCGGGAUGUGGGACCCCCGAUGAGAGGCCUGGGCUUGUCCCAUGAGAGUCUGCAGGAGAAGAGAGCUUUGGUCAGCGCGGUCAGCGUGGCAGUGGAGGCCAUCCUUGCACAGUUUAGCAGUUCUCGGACCGUAGUGCAGAAGGCCUUAUCUGGAGACAGCGCCGUAAAUCCAUCGCUGGGUCGCCUGGUGCUGCAGUGCCUGUGCCCCGCCCUCCACGGCCUGCUGACGGACGGCCUCAAACCCCACCACACUGACCUGAUCGCGGGCAGGAGGCCUAACACCGCCUGGAGCCUGGUCCAAGCCUCCACCAGGCCAGGCUCUAAAACACAAGCUCUUUUCAACCUCCAAGCCCGAGUAGGGGAUCUGCCUCAGCUCAGGCAGAGCAAACACCGCUUCAACGCGUACGUCCUUGGCCUACUUAACAUCAAGCAUCUGGACGUUUGGCUGUCUCACCUUCACACAAGCCAUGAUGUUCUGGAGACAUACUACCAGCCCUCGUCCUUCAUGCGUCUGUCUUUGGGCGCAUGUCACCCACAGUUUGAGGAGCUGCUGCUGGUGCUUCAGCCGCUGAGUUUGUUAACAUUCAACCUGGAUCUCCUCUUCCAACACCACCACAUCCACAGCCCAAAGAUCCAGAGCACUGCAGCCCACGACACAAACACCAACCAGACAGAGAAGUGCGAACAGAAGUACAUGGAGUCUCUGUCUGAGGAGGACAUUACAAGCGGGGAAAGCGGCAACGCUUCUAUGUCCCGAUCAAACUCGGAGACCACGCCAUCAGACAGAAGCAGCACAAAUGAGGAGGAGGAUUUGUUGGAGACCAGUCCUCAGCUACGAUGGGUGAAAGAGAAGGAGAUCAGCUCUUUGCCUCCUCCAAACAUGGAUGAGGACAGUCUGACACAACAGGCAGGACAGGUGAUCCAGCAGGGCUGGGAGGUGAUGGUUCGCUGGGGAGGACGUCUCAGCCAGAACUUGACAGAGUUAAGUUCAGGAGCAGUGAAGAAGGAGGAGCUAAGCUCACAGCACCUGCAGACUCACAGUGACUUUGUGCCUGUGAGCAGCCCCCGUGAUGCGGCACAGAGGCCCUGGGGUAUGGACCGUCUCUUUGGGGCCCCUAAAUCCUUGACCAGUCCUGGUGCUCUCCCAGCUCCCACCAGGCGCCCCUCUCAGUGGUUGGCCCCCGGUGUGACAGUGUUGACCAGGAUGGUGACCAGCAGCACGGUUCCUCUGUUAAAGAAAGUGACUGAACCCCAAGAGAAAACUCCAACAGAGCAUCCAUCCGAGGAGGCUGAAGCAGUGGAGGUGAUGGACCAACCCAGGCCACUCAGGUCAGUGCGGACAUUGUGCGAUCACAGAGGUUCCGGUUCAGAGCUCAGCUUCAGCAAAGACGAGAAGCUACAGAUUUUGGGCUCCGUGGACCAAGACUGGAUUCGCUGUCGCCGCGGAAACACUGAGGGACUGGUGCCCAUCGGCUAUACCUCUCUGAUCAUGUGA